AUGACGGACCCGCGGGAGCAGUUGCUCGAUUGGCGGUCGCUCGGAAUGGCGAACUGGAUCGCGUCUCGGGCGGAGGAUUUAGGGUUCCGAUAUCCCACGGCGAUUCAGCGACGGGCGGCGCUGGCGAUGAUGAACGUGAACGACGUGGUUAUUUCGAGUCAGACGGGGAGCGGGAAGACGCUGGCGUACCUCAUGCCGAGCAUCGACGGGUUGAAUUACGUGGGGAGAGGGAUGCUGCAGUUGCUGGUGAUCGUGCCGACGAGAGAACUGGUGGUACAGAACUCUAUGCUGAUAUGGCGCAUACUCGGAGGGAACGUGAGCACGCAGAGACCAGGAGAUUCGGGUAACAUCUUUAGAUACAUCGGUCCCCGCGGCGUGAAGGUGAAGGGCGCGUUUGAUUUUGAAAAGCACGUGUUGAAUCCGGAUCCCGACUUAUGCAUCGCGGAAAUCGUCGUCGGAACGCCCGAAGAGCUCAAAGAUUUGAAGCUACAAGGAGAUUUAGAGGUGGAUCUGGCACAAUUCAUCAUCGCCGACGAAGCGGAUGUGCUCUUCGACAAGCACCCAGAUGCGAUGGAUGUGUUGCUCAAACCGUCACCAUACGAGCCAGUGAUGGAGGACCGAUGCGUGUGUCUUAGUGGCGUGGCGUUGUCGCAAGAGAUCGUCGAUCGGUGCACAUCUAAAGGUCUAAUGAAGGAUCCCAUUUGGAUCACCACGGGCGGCGGUAUGCGCGUGCCCCCGGGCAUCACGCACCGAAUGCUCGUCGUGAAGGACCGUUCUCGCAAGCUUAUCGCACUCACGCGACAGCUUCGUAAAGAUCUCGAAGAAGCAGGAGAAGAUGCACCACCGCCGCGAACGUUCAUUUUUGUUCCGAAUAGCGAAGCGGCGAAAGUUACGGCUGGGCCCGUGCGGAAGGCGCUCUGGGGCGAACACAAGCUGUUGAUGUUGCUCCCCGAGGGCACCGAGGCUUUGCGAACGGUUCAAGAUUUCAAGAACAACAAGGCUAGCAUAUUAGUGUGCACGUCUGAAAGUGAGCGGGGGCUGGAUAUGCCAAAUAUUCAGCACAUUUAUAGUUUAGACGCUCCUUCAACGAGCAGUUAUUUACAUCGAGCCGGUCGAUGCGGGCGUCUCGGUACCAUGGCCCCAGGCGUAGUAACCUCCGUCGUGAGCGAAGAUGAAGUCAAGGCUCUGAAGCAGGCGUACUUCAACCUCGAGAUCAAUGACUUCAUGGAAUUAGAGGAGCUGCCGCAGCGUGAAUUCGAAACGGAAGAAGAGACUCAGCAAGCGUUACUCGACGAUCUCUUCUUCUUGAUGGAUACGAACGCUGACGUCGUCAACGCUUUGGAACAAAUUUUCGACAAAAGUGCGGACGAGGACGAGGACGAGGACGAAGACGAAGACGAGGAAGACAUUAGCAAGUAG